AUGUUCGGGACCCUUUGCGGGACCGUUCGCCACGGCCCCAAGGUCAAGCACACCAGGCCCCCCAGCUUUUUGCAGAUCUCUGACUCAGAGGAUGAAGGAGAUGAGAUAUCCAAGAUGAAGGACGACUUGCAGAAGCUGCAGGAGAGUGUGCAGCGACAAAAAGCACUGGGUGAUCAAGAGGUGGAGGUCGCCAAUGAGCGCAGCUGGCCCGUCGCCACCAGCCUCCUGCAACUCUCAGCAGCAGAGGGCGAGCCGCGGACUCGCUCGAACACCAAGGACAAUGAGUCCUCGGCCUCCAGCCUUUUGGAAGAGGAGAACGGAGGCCUCUCAUGGACGUUGCAUCAUAUUGUUGGCUUUGGCCUCACAGACCAGGAGACUCCAAAGCAGACGUGA